UGGGUUUCAAAUGAUUUACAAGUACAAACUAUGUAAAAGUGGCGGCCCUUCCGGCACACUGAGUGUCCGAGUUCACUCGUUUUCAUUCACUCCUUCAAGUGAAUUAUAUUAGUGGGGUAAUGUAGGGAAGAAUGAAUGGGGGUAGGGGGCGAUUUCGAACACAGCAUAGUGCUGCGUUCCACUCCAAAUUUUUAUGCCCUUCACUCGCUCGCUAACUUCCCUCUGUCUGUCUAUCCGUGGACUCGGAUGUGCGUUAUUGUUUACGUUGCAUGAUUGCCCACUACUGGCGGAACUCGUGCAUAAGGUUUAGAUGGAACGCACUAAGCCCUUGAUCACUAGGAAUUCACAAUGGAGCAGAUUUAUUAUUUAAACCCCUUUUGUACUUAUAAAUUUGUUUAAUCUACCAUUCCAUAUGCAUAUAAGUUGUUAGAGAAAAUAAUAUAUAAAAUCCAAUAGGUAUAUGAGCUGUUGGAGAAAAAUAAAAUAUCAAUAAUAUAAACUUUGACUCUGAACAUAAGGUAGCUACAAGUAUUAUGCGAUUAAAUCUCAACAUCAUUAAUAUACACUAUUAUGCGAUUAAUUCUCAAAAUUAUUAUUCCUAUAUCAUACACUUAAAUUAAGCGCGACCUGUUGAAUUGUGGGAUAUAGAGCUGCUUGAAGUGUACAUCAGAGUAGACUCGCUCCCUUGGUCAAAAUUGAGGGGACAAGGGUCUGUCCAUAUAAACUUCCCUCAUCCUUUUCUCGAAGUGGAAUGCACUUCAAAAUAGCAGUGGGGAUUCCCCCGAGGGUAAGUGUUUAGGGAAGUUCACGAGUGCGUGUCUAAAAGUGGAGUGUUUUUUUUUAUUUUUAUUUUUUAUUUUUUAUGCCCUUCCCUCGCUAACUUCCCUCAGUCUCGUUGACUCAGAUAUACGUCAUUGCUUACGUUGCACAAGUGCCCACUACUGGCGGAACCUUUGCAAUGGGCUGAAUUCGAACGUCCUAAGCCCUUGAUCACUUGAAAAUCUGUUAUGGAUACGAAAUUGUUUAAUGCAACAUUCUAUAUCUAUAUAGGUGUGUUUGUGUUGUGGUGGGGUAAAUUAAACGCCAUACGUGGUGAUGUCACAAUUGUGUUGCAUUGUGGUAUAUGGAGCUCCCUGAAGUGUACAUAUGAAGUAGACUCGCUCCCUCGGUCAAAAUCAAGGGAGUGAGGGUCUGUCCAUAUAAACUUCCCUUGUCCACUUCACGAAGUGGAACGCACUUCAAAAUGGCGGCAGGGAUUCCCCCGAGGGGAAGUGCUUAGGGAAGUUUGCUUGUGCGUGUCUAAAAGUGGAGUGAAAAGCAGCCAAGGUGUAUGAAGUUGGUUCUCAAGUUCGUACAGGUGUCUACGGAGACCCUAAAGGGACAUGGUGGUGGAAAUAGGGAGUAAAAAUGUAUUUCAAUGCUUUCCCCUGAGAAACUUUGCUUUUGCUCAAUUUUUUUUUUUUUUUUUUUUGCGUGCGAAUGCUAAGUUUCUCGGGGAAUGCAAAACAAAACGCUAGAGAACCUGAAAGCAUAGACAAUUAUUUUUCUCUCCCAUUUAAUUUUUUUUCCCCCUUCCAUGUCCCUUUAGGGGCUCUAUAGUUUCACUAAUAAUCAGACAAGAACAAAGGCUGCAUGUAAUUCCACUUUUAAACAUGCACUCACAAACUCCUGUAAGCACUUUCCCUUGGGGGAAACCCUGCCACCAUUUUGAAAUGUUGAACUUCAUCAAGUGGAUGAGGAAAAUUUAUUUGGACAGACCCCCGAUUUUGAUGGAGAGAGUAGGUCUACUCACUUCAGGAGGAUCCACAGACCACAAUGUAACACGAUUGUGACGUCACAGCAGCAAAUCACACACCUUACACUAUUCAAAUGAUGGAGGGAAAAGUAGUUUACAACUGUAAGUUAGAUUUAGACGAGUUAUACUGAGAUAAAUUUGCAUGUCUCCAUAGCAGAUUCCAAGUGAUCAAGGGCUUUAGGGUGUUCCAUUUAAACCCGCUGCAAGGGUUUAAGCAAUGACGUACAACCGAGUGAACUUAGCGAGGAAAGUGCAUAAAAAAGUGGACUUAAAAGCAGCCAGUGUCCAAAUCCUUAUUUUCUCAAAGUCGGCAUAAAACGUAAGUUGUGACAUCUAUUCGAGUUAAACUGUCAAUUUUAAGACUUGUCAAUUUUGAUUUCAUGGUGGCAAUAAAUUAUAACUAGUGUUUAUAAUGUAAAACGUAACAAAAGUCUUUCUGGGAAGUAUAUCGUAGUGGUAUAUUAUUUCUUUAAAAUAAAUGACAGUAGUUAUAUUUUGGUAUUUAAUGCAAUGACAUUCAGCCAACUCAUUUAAUUGUAUGAAUACAUUGACCCACUGUAUAUAAUGCAGUUUAUAAGGCAAAAAAAAAACACACUGUCAUUGACUUUUAGCAGUGCACUCAGUUAAAAUGUCAUUUGAUGAUGAGGAUUAAGAUUUCCUUUUACAAAACAGAACAAAAACUUAAACCCCCAAAUCAUAGUUAUACUAUGAACAAACCAUCCAUUCAAGUAUCCACAUGUUUUAUUUGUUAAAAGUGAAAAGGUGAAACGUCAAUACAUAAAAGCUAAACUAUGUCUAUGAAUGAGUAUUAAAUAUUGGCUUGAGGCAGUAAAAGGUUUGCAGGAGCUUUCACAGGUGUAUGGAGGAGACGGGCGUGUACUGGCAGGAGCUGACGCUCAUAAAUACUCUUCUCAAACCCGACGACUUGACUUCCCUAAAUGUUCCUUUGUAGCGUCAUUGCAUGGAGCAUAUUAGUGACUUUGAGAAAUUUUCUCGGUCCUGUUCAGGAUGUCCUCAACAUUGAGUAAGACAGAUGGACGAGUUGAUAAAGACAAGAAGUGCGCACAAAGAGCCCAAGAUGAGAAGCAGGCAGUUCAAGAGCGAACUUUUACCAAGUGGAUAAACAUGCAUUUGAAGAGAUGUGAACCACCUUUACAGGUUAAUAACUUAUUCACCGAUAUUCAAGAUGGAAAGGUUCUCAUGGCUCUUCUAGAGGAACUGUCAGGCUGUAAUUUGCUUGAUAGAUUCAGGCCAUUUCCGCAUCGCAUCUUCAGACUAAACAAUAUUUCGAAGGUCUUGAAUUUCCUUGAGGACAGAAAUGUGAGUCUUAUAAAUAUUGACGCUAAUGAUAUUGCUGAUGGCAAUCCUUCAGUUGUUCUCAGGCUAAUCUGGAACAUCAUUGUAUACUAUCAGAUUAAACAGGUCACAGGAAGCCUGGAGAAGUUCCCUUCCACCUUCAGUCUGCUGUCAUUACCUUGUGGCAGUGAUUCUUCAGGUCGUAGUUCUCCAGUAUCACCUGGAGAUGACAUUUUCGGCACUCUACUCUCAAAAGGCAAGAGGUCAUCUCAAAAUCUCAAGUACCGUGGUACAGCCAUAAAGACUCUGCUUAGCUGGGUGCAGAACUGCACAGCAAAAUAUGGGGUAGAAAUUAAUGAUUUUGGUAAAAGCUGGAGGAGCGGAAUGGCUUUUCUGGCUCUGGUUAAAUUCUUCUGUCCUGAAUUUGUGGACAUGAGGAAAGCUUUGUCUUCUGAGCCCCGUCUAAACAUGGAGACAGCCUUCACAGCAGCAUAUGAGUGGCUGGGGAUUUCUCCACUGCUGGAUCCAGAUGAUGUUGCAGUGCAUUCACCAGAUGAGCAGUCUGUCAUCACUUAUGUAGCCCAGUUUCUUGAAUGUUGUCCAGGCCAUGGUGAGGAGAGUGCAUCAACAGAUUCUUCUAGAGGCACACCAAACUCCAUUGAAAGAUGGGACAGACCUUGGAUUGAUUCGGUUAGCUGUAUGUUACAAUCUAAUGUCUCCCCUGAAGCUUUGAGACAUCCUUCUGAGACCAGCCAAGAAGAACAAACCUACCUCACUGGAGAUCAAGAACUCAGCUCAGAGUCACUUCCCAUCUGUCCUUCAGACAACUCUGUGGGUUUAGCUGCUAUACCCCAACAUUUCCUCAACAUGAAGAGUUCCAGCUGGUCAAAUGGACAAUCCCUCUCAUACUCCACUGGGGGGCAGUGUUGUGAAUCUUUAGCAUGGAAAAGAGGCUUGAUAGUAAACCUGGAGGAUGAUGGGAACUGUUCUGAGAUUUCAAAGGGAGCCGUUUAUGCGAUGUCAAUGCUGGAUUCAGAUGAGGAGGACGCAUACAGCUACAUCUUAGAGCUGGACCAUAAAGCUGGAAUAGAGUCAAAUGUCGACUUUGAAUUAAAUACAGUUAUGGAUGUACAUGGAAUAGAGUUUGAUUUAAAUGUUGUCAGUACACUUGAAUCUCAAGGAAGUGAAAGAAACUCAUUGUGUCAUUUGUGUAAUACACAGAGUCAUUUAAAACCCACAGAUGUAUUGAUGUCAGGUGACAGCAAAAGUCCAGACGAAAGCACACUGGGUCAAGUCAAUGACAUCCAUUUGUCCCAAAGGGACUGUGACUCUCUGCCAAUGAAUCAAACUGGUGUAGACAACACAGUAAAGACUGCCAGAUCAUCUGGUGAGGAAUGUUUGGACUUGGACUAUUCAUUCAAAGUGAAAGAGCGUAUUUACUCAGAUGUAUUUACUCGGACUCACAGUGAUGAUGUUGAUGAUGUGCAAGUGGAAAAUGGUCUACAUAAGGAAAAAAUUAUAGAGGACCUUUUCCUUUGUGCAGUGAUGGAUAGUCUAUCAGAAAAUGACCAAUAUAAGCAAAACAGCCUUUUAGAUCAAAGUGUUUUGGAUAGAAUGACUGAAGAACCUGCCGUUUCAAAUACACAAAGGAACGGUUGUUGUGACCGAACUAGUUAUGAGGUGGAAGAGCUACAUGUGCUUCUGUUCCUCUGGAUGAUCGCCUACUGCUGCCUUAUAUAUCCUCACCUGGAUAUCUUCAGUCUUUUAAGUAAAAACUAGCAAAAUAAUUACAAGGAGAGUUGUACAAAGUAAACUCAGUUUAUUCUCACUGUUUGUAAGUCAGGAUCAGGGCUAAAGCUUAUCACAUACUGGAUUUACAGUUGCAGAGUUACAGACUUGCAGACUAUGUAGAUUUUCAGUAUCACAUUGCGAGAGAAUGCCAAAGGUCUUAAACUUUGAAAAAGGUCAUAUCGAUUUUAUAUGGAUUUUUUUUUUUUUUCACUGAUAUUGUUAGGUAAGGUUUCUUUCACCAAAAAGUCAUAAUUUAGUUUUACAUUACUUUUAGAAAUAGAGUGCUUCAGGGAUGAGAUAAUUUUGUAGGCCAGCCCAGAAGUUAGUAAUACCCUGGUUCCCUUAACAAGAAACCUAUAGGAUUUUUUCCAUUGCCUUUUGGAUUAUUGAAAAUAACUUGUUUUCAGGUUUUACAAGUCAUUACUGCAGCAAUCUAUAAAUAUUGCCUUUUUUUUUGCAGCUGUAUACUUUAAUAUAUCUAUGUACUUAACUGUCCUUGCAUGUGACAUGAGCAAAGGGUUCAGUGUUAUUUGAAAUGAACAAUUUUUUUUUAUGAAUAAUAUUUCCCUAAAUCUAUGCACUGAUACUGUUUUAUUCAUUUAUUUUGUUUCAUUAAUUACUAAAACAAAUAAUAUAUCCUUAAUCUGGCAUGUAUAAUAUUGUACAAUAUUGAAAAGCAUUAAAGAAUAAAAUAAUAUAAAUAUUUAUUUUGACACUCCUUGUACUCAGGAAAUUAAAAAAGUUUGUUUAACUUGA